CAGCUGUAGUCGAGUCUCUCUCCGAGUGUGGUGUGAAGGGAUUCCUUAGCCAUGGAUGUUUUCAUGAAAGGACUUUCAAAGGCCAAGGAGGGAGUCGUGGCAGCUGCUGAAAAAACCAAGCAGGGUGUGGCGGAAGCAGCGGGAAAGACAAAAGAGGGUGUUCUCUAUGUAGGAUCCAAAACCAAGGAAGGGGUAGUUCAUGGUGUGACAACAGUGGCUGAAAAGACCAAAGAGCAAGUGGCGAACGUUGGAGAGGCCGUGGUGACAGGGGUGACUGCAGGAGCCCAGAAGACGGCAGAAGGAGCAGGGAGCAUUGCAGCUGCCACUGGCUUUGGCAGAAAGGAUCAUUUGGGCAAGGGUGAAGAAGGAGCUUCCCAGGAAGGAAUUCUGCAAGAUAUGCCUGUGGAUCCUGACAAUGAGGCUUAUGAAAUGCCUUCUGAGGAAGUGUAUCAGGACUACGAACCCGAACCCUGAGAGCUAUCUUUGCUCCCAAUUUCCUGAGACCUGCUGACAGAUGUUCCGCCCUGUACAAGAGCUCAGUUCCAACAUGCCCAGUCAUGACAUUUUUCUCCAAGUUUUCACAGUGUGUUUUGAAGUCUUCCAUCAGCAGUGAUUGGAUUAUCUGUACCUGCCCCACCAACUCAGCAUUUCGGUGCUUCCCUCUCACUGAAUAAAUGGUAGCAGGGUCUUUGUGUGCUGUGGAUAUUGUGGCUUCAAAUAUAAAAUGUCAAAACAAAUUAAAAACACCUAAGUGACUACCACUUAUUUCUAAAUCUUCACUAUUUUUUUGUUGCUGUUGAAAAAUUGUGAGUGAUUUACUAUCAUAGAUUAUAAGAUUUUAUGGUGUCUUUUAAUGAUUCUAAAGAAUAAUGAUGUAUUGUGAAAUUUGUUA